CUGCGGUCUCCCUGAAACACCAGAAAGAAUUUAGCUAAGGACUUGGCUUGGUGCAAUAACUUCCUCUCCACUGACUCACACAGGGCACAAAGCAGAUCGCUGGAGUUCUACUGUAUCUGUAAUCCUAUCCCUGCCUACAGGGAGCGUCUCUCACUUGGAUCACAUACACUCAAUCUGUGUAACGUCAGAGGUGUUCGCAGACUAUGUGAAGUACUUCAAGGGAGUCACCAACGCACUGACAGUACCAAGAGAGAAGGAAUACUGUACAUUCAGUCAGCGUUACACCCCAGGAGUUUUGAAAAAGAGAAGAAACCUACUGUGACAAAGAGAGGUCAUGGAGGAUGAUGAGUACAUUGACUACAUGGACCAUGACAACGACAGCUUCAACUUCAGCUAUGAUGACUACCACACAGUCUGCGACAAGGAGGAAGUGCGCUCCUUUGCCAGGGUGUUCCUCCCAGCCAUCUACACUCUGGCGCUGGUGGUGGGGUUGGCGGGGAACUCAAUGGUGGUGGCCGUCUACAUUUACUACAAGCGGCUGAAGACCAUGACAGACGUGUACAUCCUGAACCUGGCCGUGGCCGACCUCCUGCUGCUGCUGACGCUGCCCUUCUGGGCGGCCGAUGCAGUCGGCGGCUGGGAGCUGGGGGUGGCCAUGUGCAAGGUGACCUCGGCACUGUACGACAUGAACUUCAGCUGCGGCAUGCUGUUCCUGGCCUGCAUCAGCGUGGACCGCUACCUGGCCCUGUCCAACAAUGCCAUGGGCAGAGCUGUAAGGAGGAAGCACUGCCUGCUGGUCUGCCUGUUGGUCUGGGCCGUGGCCUUCGUGCUGGGCAUCCCGGACAUGGUCUUCACCACCGUCUGGCAUGGCACAACCAGGAAAGCCUGCAUGCCCAUCUACCCGUCCAGUAUGGCCAUUCCCACCAAGGCCAGCCUGGAGAUCCUGGAGGUCAUGCUCGGCUUCCUGCUGCCGUUCCUGGUCAUGCUAUUCUGUUACUCCCGGGUGGCCUGCGCGCUCUACAGGGUCCCGGAGGUGACGCAAGGGAAGAAGUGGAGGGCCUUCAAGGUCCUGAUGGUGGUGGUGGGGGUCUUCAUCGUCACCCAGCUGCCCUACAACAUCGUGAAGUUCUGCCGUGCCAUGGAUGUGAUCUACACCCUGGUCACCCACUGCGAGAUCAGCAAGAACCUGGACAUGGCCAUGCAGAUCACAGAGAGCCUGGCGCUGACCCACAGCUGUCUGAACCCCAUGCUCUACGCCUUCAUUGGUGCCUCCUUCCGCCAGAACAUCCUCAAGGCCAUGAAGAGUUUUGGCCAGAGGAGGAGGCGGUUCCGCCACAGAAACGAGCAGGCGGUGGAAAUCUCCCUCAACUCCCAUACAGCCUCUGAGGAUACCAGCACAUUCACCAUAUGAGAGACUGUGUCAUGUCCAGCAGCGGUGUUUGUUCUCUCCUUUGUAUGUAAAUCAUGCACAUCGCAGAGAUUUUACAUGAUCUUCCCAGAACAUGAUUCUUGCUGUACACUUGUAUAGCACAGCACACAGAUAAACCCAAUUAUAAGACUAGAUGAAACCUCUAGUCUUUGUGUAUUUGUACAUUUUAUAAGAUAUCCAAAUCAGAUUGUAAACUGGAGAUAAUAGAUUUGUACGGCUUCAUAGGCUAAAAUGUGAAACCUAUUUAAACACAUUCUGCUUUAUUACAGGUCGUCCACUUAAAAACUGCAUCAGGUUGACUUUUUAAAUGAGAAGCAAUCCACACACUGAAUUGCCUUAAAUAGUCUCCGUAUGCUAUCUUUGGCCCAUGAAAAACUGUGGAGAAUUACAUUUUUCCAAAAUCAAUGUCAAUUUGCCACUAUUUUUCUGCAUUCAACUGCAUUCAAAAAAAACACAUGAAUCUGAUUUGAAUCCAUUAUGUGGCUUUAGGAAAAAAAUGGGGAAUUUGAUUGUUUGGUAUGUUGCCAGGAUAAAGCUGGAUGAACCCAAAAAGCAAAGAAAGAAAACAACAUCUGAGGACCUUGACUCUCAGUUCCGUCAGAGUAUUAUGUUUAAAGCCUGAGGCAAUAGUUUCAUUCCAGCAUAUGCACUCAGCAUUUACUUAUUCUUUCUUUAAAUGAUUGGUUUAGACCUACCGACGCCUGCCGUGUUGUCUGAUGGUAGAAUUUCGAAUUUUGUCUGAUGGUAGAACUCUCUGUUUCCAGAGCCCCGGCAUAGCUUUUCAGAGAGGAUGCAAGGAGAUACCUCAUUUUUUCCACACAGCUCCUUUCAUUCAGACACUCCUGCACCUUACCCUUUCUUUCAAAAUGGACACAGAGAGGCCGCAUAAGGAGAGGUAAAUGGAAAGUUCAAGAUAAAUGUACACAUGUGAAAAGACAUGACAGAAUCAAAAUGCACUGCAAAGAGUGCACUCAACACAUUCAAAACACACUACAAAUGCGAAUGAGCCCAAAAUCCACUCGAAACAAAUCCAAAUCAAAUCAACUUGCUGUGCAACGCAGCCCUUUUUCACAAAGACCCACUAAUUGUAUCAAACCGCUUUGCUGCUGUGUGGAUGGCACUCGUGGUUAAUUAUGCAUCGGUCAGCGUCUUUUCCGCAAACCCAACAUGCUGCAUUAAAUCACUGCCUCUCCAUGUAUUUUGGGCUUUGUAUGUCAGGUUGAAAUGUCUUAGUGAAACUGAAAAGUUUCUGUGAUUUUUGACAGGGAUCUUGUCUGACUCGUGUUUUUUUUUUUUUUUAGUGGCGCUGCUGUCUUCCAGUGGUGGCCCCACUCAUUCGCCUGUAAAAAAUAGUUUCAAGACGCAACCUUUACAGAGUAUUUGAAAUCACUUUAUAUCAGCAUCAUCUGACCAAUGCAGCUGUAGCAAAACGCUUCAGACAAAAAGAAACAACAACAAAAUGGCACAAUUUCACAUAUAAUAGAUGCUGUACUUGGAGACAAAUUCUGAAUAAAUAUGUUGCGUACAAUGUUCAGGAAGGGAAGACAAAAGGAAAAAAAUUACAUUAAAGUCAUAUAAACUUUGCGCUAAUGACUCACAGACCAUAGCCAAUUCAGAGAAUAAAGGCCAUAAUGUGUUUUCAAAAAAGCUGAAGCAUGAUUCAUGGCAGUGUUAAAGGAAGCUUUAAUGUAAAUAAAUACUGGUCCUCCUACAGUCUGUUUUGAGAAGAGGUGUAGUCAUACCCCUGCUGGGUAUUGGGAGGAAUAUUUACUUAUUACAGCCUCAGUAAAAAAGGGCUUUGCAAGAGAUUAAAUAUCGGAAAAUCUUUAAUGAACAAAGCACUGUUCUCACUACGUGUCACUCCAGCUAUUUUAUGGGAUCUAACCUCACUAUUUCAUUGUCUUUACAGACCUGAGCGUUUGCGCUUCAACGCAAGACCCUCAGUUAUUGAAUAAUGGAGAACUUACGAGUGCUGGGCCCAGUAUU